ACCAAAAAUUCUACGCAGUGAAUAGCCAUAAAUCUAUAAAAGCAGUGGAAAAGAUAUUUCUUCUUUUGAAAUGUUAACAGAAUUUAUACCCCAGGGCCUUUAUGUCACUGUGUUUCUUCCAUUAUCAAUAAUUUGGCCCACCCUCAUACACAAGGAGGAAAAAAAAAAAAAAAGAGAGAGAAGAAAUUCCUCUCUGCUUCAAUAAAUAUUUCCAAAAGUUCCUGAAAUGUAUACUCUUGGAGUUUUUUACUAUUUUUUCCUUCAAGCUUUGCUUCAAAGAAAAGAAAAUAUUUUUAUUUUACAAACUACUGACUAUUUUUUCAAUCAAUAGUUACGUGACAUAUAUUUGGUUACAUAAUAGGAGCUUACCGGCGAUGCCAACGCCGGUGAGCACUGCCAAGCAAUGCUUGACGGAGGAGGCCGCGCGUGCACUAGACGAUGCAGUGGCCGUCGCUCGUCGCCGGAGCCACGCGCAGACUACAUCUCUCCACACCGUUUCUGCGCUUCUUGCACUUCCAUCAUCUACCCUCCGUGACGCGUGUGCACGUGCUCGCAGCUGCGCGUACUCACCGCGGCUGCAAUUCAGAGCUUUAGAACUCAGCGUCAGCGUUUCUCUUGAUCGUUUGCCCACGGCCAAAACCCUAGACGAGCCGCCUAUUUCGAAUUCUCUCAUGGCAGCAAUCAAGCGCUCGCAAGCUAACCAAAGAAGGCAUCCUGAUACUUUCCACAUCUAUCAACAACUUCAACAACAGAAUUCCUCUAACUUCUCGAUUUCUACUCUAAAAGUUGAACUGAAGCAUUUUAUACUAUCCAUUUUGGAUGACCCGAUUGUGAGCCGAGUUUUAGGGGAAGCGGGUUUUCGAAGUUGUGAUAUAAAGCUUGCACUUCUGAAUCCACCGGCUAUUUCUAGGUUUUCUAAGACUCGUUGCCCACCUCUGUUUCUUUGUAAUUUAACCGAUUCGGAGCUUAACAAACGUGGGUUUAACUUCCCAUUUUCUGGCGUUUCCGGAAAGGGGAAUAUUGAUGAGAACUCUAGAAGAAUCGGUGAUAUACUUGUGAAGAAAAGCUGUAGAAAUCCGUUGUUGAUCGGAAUUUGUGCAACUGAUGCACUAUACAGCUUCACUGAUUGUGUACAGAAAGGUAAAGGUGGUGUCUUGCCUGAUGAAAUUAAGGGGUUGAGUGUAAUUUCUAUUGAAAAAGAAAUUUCUGAGUUCGUUGGGGAAGGUGGGAGUGAAGAAAUGAUCAGGUUGAAGUUUAAGGAAGUGAGUGAUGCUGUAGAGUGUUGUACAGGGGCUGGAAUUAUAGUGAAUUAUGGUGCAUUGAAGGUGUUUGUUGAUGAUGGGUCAGUGGAAUCAGUGAGCUAUAUCGUUUCUAGGUUCACUAAAUUGGUGCAUGUUCAUUGCGGGAAACUGUGGUUAGUUGGAGCAGCAGCAAGUUAUGACAUUUAUAUGAAGUUUUUGGCUCGGUUCCCUACAAUUCAGAAAGACUGGGAUUUACAUCUCCUGCCCAUUACUUCAUCCACUCCUCCAAUUGGAGGACUACCUUCCAGAUCCAGCUUGAUGGGGUCGUUUGUUCCGUUUGGCGGGUUCUUUUCCACAGCAUCUGAGUUUGAAAACUCGUGGAUAAACAAAAAUGAAUAUACAGCUCGAUGUAACCUUUGCAAUGAAAAGUAUGAGCAAGAAGUUUCAACUGUGCUGAGAGGAGCCACGGGUUCAGUCACUGAUCAGCAUGCACCACAUUUAUCUUCUUGGUUACAAAAGGCUGAAUGCGGUCCAAGCAGGGGACUAGUUGGGGUAGAGGCCGAUGAAGACUGCAGUUUAUUAAAUGCCAGACUGGCGGGAUUGCAAAAGAAGUGGAAUGAUAUAUGCCAGCGUCUUCAUCACAUAAAUUCAUUUCAACCAGAUGCUUUGCAAGCCAGGUCACAUCUUCCCAGUUUUGGCAACUUUCAGAGUUCUGCUGCUGGGGGUGAAAGCAGAAACAAAAAUUCAUUGUUGGAUGCAAGACUUACUACUCAAAGUUCUAUGUCAUCAGACUUUCAAAAUACCUCCUUGACCAAAAAAAUCAUGUCGAAAUCAGUCGUGUCUGAAGGUGAUCCUGAUUCUCAAGCUGAAGUGCCGGUUCAGAGUUUAGAAACUCAGCAGCUGAAGAUGGAAAAUAUCUGGACCCCUUACCCUCAUGCUCCCCGUGAUUUGAGCCUGCCCCUUGAUCGAACAUCAUCAGCCUCAAAUGCUUCUGUUAGCACUGACCUGGGGUUGGGAACCGUUUAUAUAUCAACUGUAAGAGAUCUGUGGAAACCCAGUUUUCAGGAGAAUCAGGAUCGCCUUCAUUACUUUUCAGGAUCGGUUUCUUCUUCUUCUGUUCCUCAGUUAGACAAGGAGUUGGAUGCGAAAGACUUUAAGAACCUUUAUAAAACUCUUUCUGAACAUGUAUAUUGGCAAGAGGAAGCCAUUUAUGCCAUUAGUCAUACUGUCUCUCGUUGCAGAAGUGGUAAUGGAAGGAGUCAUGGCUCUAGCAAAGGAAAUAUCUGGCUCAGCUUUCUUGGACCUGACAAAGUGGGGAAACAAAAAAUUGCGAAAGCUCUAGCUGAGAGUGUCUUUGGUAGCUACGAUAGCUUGCUCUCUGUGGAUCUGAGCUCUAAUGAUGGGAUUAGCUGCUCAAAUUCUCUGCUUAUCCAUCAAAAUAUAAAAAAUGGUCAUGUGAAUCUUAGGGGAAAGACAGUCAUCGACUAUAUCGCAGAGGAGUUAAGCAAGAAGCGCUAUUCUAUUGUGCUUCUUGAAAACAUAGAAAAGGCUGAUUUCCUUGUUCAUAGUACCUUAUCUCACUCUAUCAAAACUGGUAAGUUUUUGAACUUGCAUGGGAAGGAAAUCAGCAUCAAUAAUAUGAUUUUUGUGAUUACCUCGAAAUCUGCAAAAGUUACUAAAGAUUUCUUUUCCAGUAAAGAAUCUCUUGAGUUUUCAGAAGAAAAGAUAUUAGCAGCCAAAAACUUGCAGAUGCAGAUAGCAAUUGGAUCUGGCAAUCGAAAUAGGAUUGAGGUGAAGAAUACAAAUUUGUGGAUUACUUCAGGGGACAGAACAUCAGAAUCUUUCUCUGCAUAUAAAAGAAAGCAGACAGACAACAGUGACUCUAACAAGUUGUUUCAAAAUCCAAAACGUGUGUGCACUGUCCCGAAAUCUUCUCUUGAUUUGAAUUUGCCUGUGGAAGAGAUGGAGGAGGAGAAUGAAUGUGAUGAGUGUGACAGUGACUCUGGCUCUGAAGGGUCAAAAGCAUGGUUGGAAGAAAUCUUGGAGCAAAUGGACGAUAAUGUAGCCUUCAAGCCAUUUGAUUUUGGAGCUUUAGCUGAGAAAAUAUUAAAGGAAAUCAACAUAAACCUCAAGAAGAUUGUUGGAGUAGAUAUCAAGCUGGAGAUUGACUCAGAAGUAAUGGUACAGAUACUAGCCGCUGCUUGGUUAUCAGACAGAAAGGAAGCUGUUGAGGAUUGGGUUGAGAAGGUCCUCUGCAGGAGCUUUAUGGAUGUCCGAAGCAGGUUCCAACAUAUUGCUGAUAGCGUCAUAAGAUUAGUCCACUGUCAAGGCGUUGCUGUAGAAGACCAGGCUCCUGGAAUUUACUUUCCAGCUAAAAUUACAGUAGACUGAUUUUUAGUCAGAUAUGUGUUCUAAUGUACAAAUGCUGUCAAUAGCAUUUCUGCGUGUUAAGUUUCUUUGUGCAUAUAUAUUCCUGUAUUUUUGUUGAUCCUUCUCCAAUUGUUUAUCAUUGUAUCUUUUAGAAUUAGGCUAUUUUGUUGUAAUCUUUGUACACACUCUAUCCCACCCUUGGUAGUUUGUUUCUACCACUUGAAAAGUUUUACCUUUUCUGUUUUGGGGAAAAAGCUAGUUACUCCAGGUAGUGUAUGUAGGUGUGUGUGUGUAUGCAUGCAUGCUUACCGGAUGAUGACACAAAAAAGAAGGAAGGCAUCACAAAGAUUCUAAUGCGAUCGAGUGUGUUAUUUUUAGUU